AUGUGUGAAUCAGUACUAUACAAAUGUGAAAAGUUGGAUAUUAAUCAUGCUCUUGAAGGUCAAUUAGAUUUAAAUGAAAAUGAACUAAUUAAUAGUCAGAAGGCAAAAAACAUUGAAGAUUUUUAUGAUUAUUGGCAAACAUGUUUAAAAGAACUUUUAAAAUUGGUCUCAAAAGAGCAAUUAAAGAAGUCUGGAAAGUUAUUCCAUACAUGGCAUCAAAUUUUUAUUUGUCACUACUAUUUCAAGUUAAUGAUGGAGAAUGUGAAUGCAUUAUUUUAUAUUAUGUUAAUGCCAACAAGAUGGUUACAUAAUGAUGCUUGGAGAUGUAUUGAUUCAAUAUAUGAUGAGCCAUUUAUUGGCACAUCAUCUUUGCAACAUCAAGGUGAUAAUAACAUACAAAAACUUAUUCCUAGGCAUUAUUAUAAUGUUCAAGAAAUUCAGGUCCGAAACUAUUUACAAAAAAAAAUGGAUUAUGGUCAUUUAAUAGGUCAUUUUAAGAAAGCAUUAAGCUACUCAAUGGAAGAUAAUGAUCAAAAUGUCUUGAAUAAACUUAUCUUAAACUAUAUUACUAAAAAAGAAGAAGUUCGAAAUGUUUAA